UACUUUCCUGUCUCUGCAUAGAAUCUGCUGUUGGCCAUACUCUCUUUGAAACUUUGUUUCUAGCGUUCUCUGACAAAGGGCUUGUUCUGUGAAGCACAUCUUGUCCUCUUUGUCCAGCCUCUGGCUUCAACAGUGAAUUACAAAUAUUCUCCAGCUGGGAAUCAGACCAGGGCAAAGAUGAAGAACCCAGAAGCCCAGCAGGAUGUUUCAGCUUUCCAGGGAAUUCGCAUGAUGUUUGACAUGAUGAAGCCCCAUGAAACGUCAUUCCAAACCCUAGAAGAGGUGCCCGAUUAUGUAAAAAAGGCAACUCCAUUUUUCACUUCAUUGCUGCUGCUUGAACUAGUUGUCAGCUGUAUUAGCAAAGGGAAGCUACCAGGCCAUUUGGAUGAUGCAUUAACAUCGAUAUCAGCUGGCGUUCUGUCCCGGCUUCCAAGUCUGUUUUUCAGGAGCAUUGAAUUGACCAGUUACAUUUAUAUCUGGGAGAACUACAGGCUCAUCAGUUUGCCUUGGGAUUCUCCAUGGACUUGGUAUUUAACCUUGUUAGGAGUUGACUUUGGCUACUAUUGGUUUCAUCGCAUGGCCCAUGAGGUUAAUAUUAUGUGGGCUGCACACCAAGUACACCACAGUUCUGAAGACUAUAACUUAUCCACGGCCCUGAGACAAUCUGUCCUCCAAAUAUAUACUUCCUGGGUAUUCUACUCUCCACUGGCUCUCUUCAUACCACCUUCAGUAUAUGCUGUCCAUCUUCAGUUCAAUCUCCUCUACCAAUUUUGGAUCCACACGGAGGUCAUUGAUAACCUUGGUCCUUUGGAACUGAUUCUUAAUACUCCUAGCCAUCAUAGAGUUCAUCAUGGCAGAAACCGUUAUUGCAUAGACAAAAAUUAUGCUGGCAUACUUAUUAUAUGGGAUAGAUUUUUUGGAACAUUCGAGGCAGAAAAUAAAAAGGUUGUAUAUGGUUUGACACAUCCCAUUAAUACAUUUGAUCCAUUCAAGGUGCAGUUCCACCAUUUAGUUUACAUGUGGACUACAUUCUGGGCCACUCCUGGCUUUUUCAAUAAGUUUUCUGUCAUAUUUAAAGGACCAGGAUGGGGUCCUGGUAAACCAAGACUUGGACUGAGCGAAGACAUACCAGAGGUUACAGGGAAAGAAGUUCCCUUCUCAUCAUCUGCGUCUCACCUACUAAAGAUAUAUGCAGUUGUACAGUUUGCUCUGAUGCUAGCAUUUUAUGAAGAUACCUUUGCAGAUAAAGCUGAACUGUCACAGUUCACUCUCCUUCUGAGGGUUUGCUUCAUUAUCCUGACCUUGACCUCCAUUGGAUUUCUUCUGGAUCAAAGACCUCACGCAGCUGUUGUGGAAACAUGCCGUUGCUUGGUGUUUCUGAUGCUGUGCCGAUUUGGUCAUCUGAAGCCUCUCCUCCCGUCCUUGUCAUUUGCUUUUGAGAUUUUUUUUUCCAUCUGCGUUGCUUUCUGGGGAGUAAGAAGCAUGAGUCAACUUGCUUCUGGCCUUUGGAAAUAAUUUAAGUUUGUACACAAUUCUCUUGUUUUAAUUAAUUGUCUACAACCAUAAUAUAUUACUAUUGCCUAUAAAAAUAAGUAUCUUAUAUAAUAAUUAUGUGAAUAAUUUACUUAGUGAAAGAUAAUAUACUUAUUUACUGUUGCUUGCUUUCCACAUUUAUUAUUCUCUGUUAAAAUUAAAGUCAGUUGCAGUUACUUUAUCGAUAGUUUUCAACAAAUGAUUUCAAAUAUAAUGAUGUUAUAUACACCGGUAGCAUCUAAGCCAAUGAGAAUAAGAAAAGGAAGGGAGAAAACAAAACUAGUAAAAGGAGUGAAUAUGUCACUUGCAUUGAUUUGACAACUUUUCCUUUGCUGUUUGCUAAAAUGUUUCGCGUUACGUGCAGUUGAGUGCACUCCACCUCCUGGCAACCUUAUGAAUGAGUGAUGCCCACAAUGUCCUGUCCUCCACAGCUCUACUUAGCUUCUGUAGACUCAGGCCUAUGGCUUCUUUUACGCAGCCAAUCCAUCUUAUUUGGUCUUCCUCUUUUCCUGCUGCCUUAUGCUUUUCCCAGCAUUUCUCUUUUCCAAAGAAUUCUGCCUUUUCAUGAUGUGCCCAAUGUAGAACAACUUCACUUUUGUCAGUUUUGCCUCCAACGGUGUAUCAGACUUCAGAUGCUGUAGGACCCUCUUGUACAUGUUCCUGUUGGCCCAGGAGUCCUGCUUUGGCACUUUCUUCUUUCACUUGCAUCAGCAGUCAUUUCAAAUUAUUGCAACUAUUAUCUGCCUAUCUUAAGUUACUGAUAUUUCUUCCACCAAUUUUCACUCCUCAUUCCUCUGAGCAUAGCCCAGUUUUACAUCUGAUGUGAUCUGUGUACAUAUUAAACAAAUAGGGAAAUAAAAUACAUCCUUGUCUGACACCUUUGCUAUAGGAAACCAUUCUGCUAAAAUUGUGCUAAGGUGUAUAUUUGUCAUCAUAAAAAUGUAUUACAAGAGUUGUCCGCCUAGAAUUAUAUUUACCUUUGAAAACCACAAAACCUAAAGAUCUGCAUUAUAGAAAAAGAUAUCACCAAAAUGAAAAUGAAUAGACUAUGUCAGAAUUAAUUUACUCAACAGAUUAAUUUGUGAUACAUAUGGCUAAUGUGUUUAGUAAAUUUGUUUUGGUAGAUUGAAGACCAGGCAGUGAUUCUGUGUUAUUUUAAAUUGUCACAAUAAUGUUAAUAAAACUCUCUAAAUAAAAUUG